AUGGCCAUUUCCUACGAAGGAAUGGGUCUCGCGGCCCAUCAGUUCUCCGGUCAGAAGCUGCCGCUUUUGCAGACGGCUGUAGAGUGGUUUGGGGUCUGUGGGGAGGUGUUGGGUGAGGUCCAGGAUGACUGGGAUGGGGGAGGAGGGAUGCUGGUGUGUGAGGAUGCGGAUGAUCCGUUUGUUGAGUAUCCUCAUCAUUAUCAUGAUCGUGAUGAGGAUGGUGGUGGUGGUGGAGAGUGGGGUGAGGACGAGGAGAGUAUGUUGUUUUCGGGUGAAAGUGAUAGCAGCUUCGACUAUACCAACACCACUGUUUCGGCGUAUAGUGAGGUAUCGCUUUUCGACAGGGCUGAAGAGGAUAAUGGGUAUGGGGAUGAGCGUGGUCUUGUUCCCUCGCCGUUGAAGGUGCGGAAGGUAUCCGGAGAGUCGGUUGGGAGUGGUGCUUUGGGAAUCUCUGAGGUUGAGGAUUAUGCCAUGGGUGCAGCUAAGGCAGGAGUUGGAGUGUCGGUGCCGGCUUUGCCGUUACCGUUGCCGUUGAGGAUUGCAGCUCCCGCUACUCCUACGCCAGAAUAUACAGGUCACAAAGAGGAACUCGGUAUACGAACAAUGCAGCCGGUCAAAAGACCAGAAUACGAAAACAAGUUGCAAAUCAAUACAACAAUCGAUUUCCUCCGUCACCAGGUCACAUCAAGUAUCACCACGCUGCAUAAAAUGAUCACAGACGUGGCUGAGAUGCAGUAUGCACGGCGCAUGUCCAAGGGGAUGCGGCGGUCUGGGUCCUUCUGGAGUUUUAGUCCGGUCAAGGAAAAGCAGGUUUCUGGUGGUGAUGAUGAUGGUGAUGAAAAGGAAAAGUCUUCGUUUGGGGUAAAGGAGAGUAAAGAGCAACGAAUUGCGAGAUUGCGAAGGGAUGGAUGGCAGACGGUGGGAAUACGGGGGCAGAAAAGUGGAUGGAAAGGAGAGGGGUAUUAUCGGGAGUAUUGUGAGCGAGUGUUGGAUGAGUUGUAUUUGGGAAGAUCUUGA